AUCGUGGAUAAAUGAACUUAUACUUUAUUGAUGUCAUUUUCCUUGAUGUUGGGUUCUAUUAGAGACAGUUGCUGAAAAGUUAGGUUGUCAAAAGCUUAUAGUUAAGCUGCUAUAAUGAGAAUGUUGGGGUCAGCAAGAAAGUGACUGACUGAUUGACAGUGAUAUGCGUCCUUUUUUUUUUGUCUUAGCAAUGGGAACUAAUCAAAGUAGACAUAUAUAUUAGCGUAUCUAAUAAGUAAUUAGCGUUUCUUCUUGAGACCGAACACUAUCUGUUUCCCCGAUCAGUGAUAUGACGUCCAACGUAGGCCUCUGUAUGGGGGUUAUCCAAGUAAGUGAAACAAAAAUUUCCCUUGAGACCGAACAUAAAGAAAAAAAAAAAGACCAUUGGUUAACCAGCAUGUCUGAAGGCUAGCCCAACGACCUAAGUUAUCUAGUUACCAAACAAAAAAAACGUAGCUUUAUUGAUGUAUUUUUUAAAUAAUCAAGAUAUACUUUACAGCAUUAUAGCAUCAAUUUAAUUGUAUAAAUAGAUCCCUUUCCAAGCGAUAAUAUGAUAGUAAUAGGGUAAAUGAUAUAUUUCAUAUACUUUAUUGGCUUCUGACAUUUCAUUAAUUUGGUACGUUUUAUAUCAUUUACACUUGCUAAGCCCCUAAAGGCAGAUUAGAAACUUUUUGUUAGAGUUCCGUACCCAGCAAGCCCACAAAAUGAGAUUUGGACACACCAAGGAUUGUUAAAGAAGAAUAGAGAAACGCUGUCUGGGUGGAUUCUUGAUUUUUUUUUUCUUCCUUUUCCCAUUCUUGGAUCAAGUUGAAAUUUUGUACAAUUAUUCAUAGUCGAAGAUAACACAUGAAUCCUAUUUUUUUUUUAAAUUGACCAUUUCGUUAAUCAAUUAGAGUUAAUUACUUAAUUUUGUUUUAUAUACUAAAGGGGGAAAUAUGUUUUGCAAUGUUGAGAGAAAUAGCUUUCUCUUCACUCAGUAUAAGCUUUGUUUAAAAAGAAAAAAAUAUUUUUUUCUAUUUGCUUUCAGUUCUUUUUUUAAUACUUAAGCCAGGCAAAUCUGACACACAUCUCUAAUCGGGAAGUUAAAAUAAGUUUAUAUAAAUUGAACUUUUACAAAUGAAAAGCUUCAGUCAUGAUAGAAUUGUUAUUUUUUAGCGCAAAAAUAUCCAGUCCAAAUUAUUGGCUCAUUCAAAUCUUCAUGACACAUCACAGCAUCACAAUGGAAACAUAGUUCGGGAAAAACCCUAACAGAAAAAAAGUCGUGUUCAAAACAGGUUUCACACCUGCGCCAACAGGCAUAAACAAUUUUUUUUUUUGCAUGAUACAUUUAGCGAUAGAAACUAGAAUUCGUUUCGAUGAAUUUACAUUUGAAAUUUCCUAGUUAAGAUUAAAAUAAAUUGACUCACUUCGGUUACUGAGAACUAAAGCCUUUUUUUAAAAGGGGAAUUUAGUCAAUUUAUGGUGAUUGAACGUUUUAACCUUCCUCUUAUUUUGUAUCUCGAGUUCAAUCCAUAUUUUUUCAGGUGGUCCAGUCGUUUAAUCAAGGGCCUAAUAACGCUAAUCACCUUUAAUAUUAGGAACAUCUGGACAAAUAAGUGAGAGCACUCCCUGAAACACAAUGAAAAAUGGAAACGUCACUUUCAUUCAAAUUAACGACGAUGAUCGAAAGUCGAAGCAACAAAGAAAUGAAACUAAAAGAACUCAUUGUCUACUAGAUCUAGGUCUUCAUAUUUUUGCCGUUGUAAUAUCCCUGGCAGCACUGAUUAUCAUCCUAGUUUUAUCCUUUACAAAGCAGAAUUCUGGGAAUCAGCUGAUGGCAGCAGGAAACGAAAACAUGCCGUGUAUAAAAUGUCUCAAUAGUACGAUAAACCUACAAGAUGUUGAGCUAGUGGACAGCCAAAGACUUCGUUGCUGUCCUCUAACAAGUGCUGAACUUUAUCUUAAAUUAACAAUGAAUCAAUCAAAGAAACAAGUGAAACUUGAGCCACAUCUUCCCACUCCAGUCAGUGUCCACAAAUAUUUACUUAGCUCGAAUAAAGCCAUGAACUUUAGUAAUGUAGACCACGUGACAGUGCAGCUAAAUACCUCAUCCAAUGAGAAAAAUUCUAACAACCAUGCCAGAGGUGUUAACAUAAAACAUGAUGCAAUCGAAAUCUUGCACUCAGGUCACUAUUAUAUCUACAGCAGUCUCUUUUAUUUACCAAACACAAAUGUAUCAUCAGAGCACUUUCCUUAUCAGACAUGGUUCCACUAUGUCUACAGAACAAGGCCUAACAGUCCAGCAAUGUCCAGUGUAAUAUUAAGGACUGUGUUUACCUGUCUGCCUAAUUUUUCUCAAAGUAAAGACAGUGUCCAUACAGGUGGAAUAUUUCAUUUGCGAGCUGGUGAUCUUAUUCAAGUGUGUCUGUCUGGGCAGGGCAUUAUGGGUAGGGACAUUGUUCAGGAUUCCUCGUUUCUUGGUCUGUUUAUGUUGUCAAGUGAUCCAAGUGUAUGAAAGCAUUAGUGAUUACUUUUGCGUUUUAUACACCCUUUGAGAGUAAAUGCUACAGAAAAAAUGCUGGGUAUCAAGAUACCAGGAAAAGAAGAAAAGGGAGUUUGUAUUUUUACCAGCCAAAACUCUGGAACUCCUCAAUACUGGGGAGAGACGAAAGUGGAGCUGGUUUGGUCAUGACUCACUGUUAAAAAGUCAUCCUUCAGGACACAGUGUGAAGAGCACGAAAUAAGGGGUCGUCCCAAGAAAAAGCUGGCUGGACAGCAUGACACAAUAGAAUUGCCUGGAAGGGCCUCUCUCUUGAUAUCCUGCCAAGAACAGCCGCUGACCAGAAAAUGUGGAGACAUUUGGUUACCUGAACUGUCACAGCACCACUAAGACAAAACGUCAAGCACAGGUGAUGAUGAUAAAUUGAUGUUUCCUUCACUAAUUUCAAUUUCGUCAAAAAUAUGCUGGCAUCACACACUUUGGAGCUAAACUACAAAAUGUUAUCUUAUUGAUGUCAGCCAUUUUUAAUGGAGAAGGAACAAGUCUUGAAAGGUGCCUGGCAAUCACAGAAACAAGACCUUUAAAAAUGUUGACUACAUGCUAAUAUUUGCUAGAUCCUAAAUCAGAAAAGCUACCUGACCUGAAUCUGACCCUCCUGAAAAAAUGUGGAUUAUAAGAAGAUCGGCACUUUUAUGUCAAUUUUUGCACAACACUUUUAUGCUGUUGGAGAUUUUCAUAAAUGGUGGAAACACUAUAAAUAGCAGGUUUUUCAGUGUAUCCUGUAUACAGAGUAAUGGGAUUGUUCACAAUACAUUUUUUUUCUUCAGUAGCUUUUGUUUAGUUGGCAACAUUUCAAUUUAGUCUCCUUGACCUUGUUUAGUUCAUGAUGAAAAUCUCCUUAUGAUACGCUGUCGUCUGAUCCAAUUCCAUCUAGCAGUUUGCAUAAGAGGGAUAGUCUAAAGAAGUUUCUGUAGCUGUAAACAUAUUUGUGGCAGAUAUUUUUUAUUUUUUUUACUGCAUUGCACCCUGGGGACCUACAUUGCCGCAACUAGUUGUCUUUUUUUUAGUCAAACUUUCUUGUUUUUUCUUUUUAAUGUUAAAUGUCAAAGCUAAUUAAUUAAAGUCAUUAUUCUAGUAUUGCACACCAAGGCGGAUCUACAUUACUGAUUUUAUCGUUAGCUCGACAAAAAUCCUAGUAUUCUUAAAUCUUUGAAAUUGUUAAGAAUCAAUUUGGUGCUUAUUGGAAUAGACUUUCAUUUUAAUUAGUAAAAAUAGGAGAGUCAGCGUUUUCAUUGCAUUGUUCAAAAACAAAUGCAUUUGCAAAUUGCAAUUUUGUAUUCUGUCACUUUUGGAGUGGUUGAAACUUGAAAACAUUGAAACUUGAAAACAUUGAAACUUGAAAACAUUGAAACUUGAAAACAUUGAAACUUGAAAACAUUGAAAUUUAAAAGCAUUGAAACUUGAUAAGGGAAAAGCCAGUUGGUCGUUAUGCUAGUCACAUGACAUCCUCGUCAACCCUUGGUCUUAAACACAGAUGGCAUUUGCAUCAUCUGCGCAUUAACUCGCAAAUGGUGUACUUUACUUUUGCUAUAACUUCGCCAAAGGGACUGGUUGAUUGUGUAGAUUUGGGCUGCAAAACUGUGAAACCUAACUUGUAAAGUUACAUAUAUAUCAUUCAAGGUUGUUGGUUGGGUUUAACCUGGUGUUUGGGUUUAACCUGGUGUUUGUAAGAAAGGUGAAAAGGAAUGACUAUUCCUUCCUUAAACUGUGAUAUUUGAUCUAGUCGUGUACAUUAUUGAAAUGAUUGUGAGUAUAGUUAUAUACUUAAACUAUUUUUUAAACAUGCAUAAUACACUAUAUACUGUCUUCAAUAACAAUCUUUAUUUAUGUAUUGAUUUAAAUGUAUUAUUUUAUGGUAUUAAAAACUUGCAUCGAAA